UUUUACCAGGUUCCACCACCCCCAAAGUGUGUGGGGUUGCGGGCCCUGGGCUUUCAGGGCAGGUGGCUCCAGGUGGCCGCCCAGGGUCAACACUCCCUGUCCCACCUGGUGGACGCUCAUGAGCAACAGCUGCCAACUUGACAGGUUGUUUUCUUUGGUUGGAGGCCACUGAGUGACUGGCAGGUUGCUGGGCCUCAUGUGGCUGCAGGGAGGGGUGAGGAAGGGGAUGGAGUACCAGGGGAACACGGCCGCAGAGUGACCUUCCACAUUCCUCCACACGAACAUGCUGACGCCACGGGAGGCCUCACUGAACGCAGGCCUGGGGGCCGAGUACUUGGUCUGGGCAGGGGGUUCCUGGCAGGGGCUCACACCUCCUCACCCCCUCCUCAGCCAAGGUGGCUUGGGCCCAGAGAAGGGGAGGUUGGAGAGGAGCAGAAGGCCAGGCCUCAAGUUUUGUUUUUUUUGUUUGUUUUGUUUUUUGUUUUUGAAAUGUAGUUUGACUCUUGUCACCCAGGCUGGAGUGCAGUGGCACGAUCUCAGUGGCCUUCAUACCUGGCUAAUUUUUUGUAUUUUUACUGGGGGUGGGGUUUUGCCAUGUUGGCCAGGCUGGUCUUGACCUCCCGACCUCAGGUGAUCCACUCACCUCAGCCUCCCAAAAUGGGAUUACAGGCAUGAGCCACCGCUCCCAACUUCAUUCAUUUUUACUUGAAAAACUCCAUUAAGCAUUUUUUUAAGGUAGACCUAGUGGUCCUGAAUGCCCUCAGCUUUGUUUGUCGAGGAAGCACGUUAUUUCUUUUUUCUUUCUGAAGGACAGCUUUGUCAGACAUAGUAUUAGUUGCUGGCAGUUUUUUUCUUUCAGCACUUUGAAUGUAUUAUUCGAUUCUGUCCUGACCUGCAAAGUUUCUUUAACUUUUGACUAUUUGAUUAUAUUGUGACUUGGUGAGUAUCUAUUUGGUUUGAACCUCUUUAGGAAUCUUUAAGCUUCAUGGAUUUAGAUGUGUAAAUCUUUCCCAUGAUUUAGGCAGUUUUCAGCCAUUCUUUAAAUAAGCUUUCUUCUCCUUUCUCUACUUUCCUUCCCAAACUCCCAUAACCUGACAAUGGUUUGCCUAAUGGUGUCUUGUUGGCUUUCUUUUGUCUGUCUCUUUUUUUUUUCUUUUUUUUUUUUUGAGACAGAGUCAUGCUCUGUCACCCAGGCUGGAGUGUAAUGUGUGGUCUCGGCUCACAUUGCACUCCAACCUCCGCCUCCUGGGUUCAAGCGAUUCUCCUGCCUCAGCCUCCCAAGUAGCUGGGACUACAGGUGUGUGCCACCACACCCGGCUAAUUUUUGUAUUUUUAGUAGAGAUGGGGCUUUGUCAUGUUGGACAGGCUGGUCUUGAACUCCUGACCUCUUAAUCUGCCUGCCUCGGCCUCCCAAAGUGUUGGGAUUACAGGCUUGAGCCACCACACCCAGCCUUCUUUUCUCUUUUUUAUUCUUUUUUUCUUUGUCCUCUGACUGGAUAAUUUCAGAAGAUCUAUAUUGAAGUUUACAGAUUCUCUCUCCUGUUGAAGUUUACUAUUUUGUUAUAUCACCCAGUCUGGUCUUGAACUCCUGGGCUCAAGAGAUCCUCCCACCUUGGCCUCCCAAAGUGCUGAGUUUACAAGCAUGAGCCACUGCAUCCAGUCAGUCCCAGCACUUUGGGAAGCUGAGGUGGGAGGAUCACUUGAGCUUAGGAGUUUGAGACCAGCCUGGGCAACGUACUGAGAACUUGUCUCUAUAUUAAAAAAAAAAAAAGUCUUUGGGAGGCCAAAGCGGGAGGAUCACCUGAGGUCAGGAGUUCGAGACCAGCCUGGCCAACAUGGCAAAACCCCAUCUCUACUAAAAAUACAAAAAUUAGCCAGGUGUGGUGGCACACGCCUGUAGUGGUGGUGCAUGCCUGUAGUCCCAGCUACUCAAGAGGCUGAGGCAGGAGAAUCACUUGAACUGGGAGAUGGAGGUUGCAGUGAGCUGAGAUCGCACCAGUGCACUCCAGACUGGGCAACAGAGUGAGACUCCAUCUUAUAAAAGGAAAAAAGAAGAAAAGAAAAAUUCCAUAUCUGAGUGUUUACUCCUGAGUUUUUGAGAUUGUUAUUAAGAUCGUGCUCUACUGUGAUGAUUUGGGUUUGUUUGAUAAUCAGAAAAAAGCAUAUUCUUUUGGGUGUUCAGCCACACUGCUUUGGUGUCACAACUGCACAUUGGUUUCACAGCUGCAGGACAAAUUCGAGCAUCUUAAAAUGAUUCAACAGGAGGAGAUAAGGAAGCUCGAGGAAGAGAAAAACAACUGGAAGGAGAAAUCAUAGAUUUUUAUAAAAUGAAAGCUGCCUCUGAAGCACUGCAGACUCAGCUGAGCACUGAUACAAAGAAAGACAAACAUCGACUUUUUACCUUAAUCCUUGCUGCAGUAUUUCCAAGUAAGAGUGGAGAUAGAUUUACCCUUUCUAAACUAUUAGCUGUAAUUUUAAGCAUUGGAGGUGUUGUACUGGUAAACCUGUCAGGGUCUGAAAAAUCUGCUGGAAGAGGUACAAUAGGUUCCAUUUGGUCUCUUGCUGGAGCCAUGCUCUAUGCUGUCUAUAUUGUUAUGAUUAAGAGAAAAGUAUAUAGAGAAGACAAGUUGGAUAUUCCAAUGUUCUUUGGUCUUGUAGGUUUGUUUAAUCUGCUGCUCUUAUGGCCAGGUUUCUUUUUACUUCAUUACUAAUGGAUAUCCAAGCAUAUGAGGUAUGUAUGCCAAGUAUGAGUGCAUGAGUUCUAGUUGAGAAUCCAGGAGAUGGUGCUUAUUUAAGAGGCUUUGGAAUAUCUGUUUGCUUGUUCAUAGGUGUUUUUGUUUUAUUUAUUUUCAGGACCUUUCAUAUGGGUGAGCCAGAUAUGUAAACCUUAAACUGUGAUUGAUUUGAGAUGUUAACAUACUUUGAUAUGCUGUAUAUCCAAUAUACUGAUAUGCGAUAAUAAACUUAAAAUAGUUUGAAGAUAGUAUCAUGUAUGGAGUUUGAGAGACCUUUCAAAUAACAGAGCUUUAUACUUAGUCCUAUUUUUAUUUAAUAGAAAUUUGAAAUGAAUAGAAUGAAUAAAACAUAAGUGAAUAAAAUGAAUUUUAUUACAUACCCAUUGAAACUGUUAACUAGUUUUCCCUUGCAAAAGACUGCAACAGAAAUAGACUUUUUUGUGGAGUCUUCCUUAAUGCUCUGCCUAUAGUGCUGUGUCUCCCUGCCCAGUUAAGAAAUACCUAUUUUCUUGGUAUCCCCCAUAUCACUCUCUUUUGUGUAAUACUUAAAGAUUUACUUUGUAUUGUAGUAAUUUAUGUUCUUAUCUAAACUCCUUUGCUGAUCUAAAAUUCUUUAAAAUCAUAAUCCAUUUGCUCAUUAAUUUUUUCAUCUUUAGUUAUGUACAUUUUAGAUACUCGAUUUUUUUAACCUUAACUAUUAACAGAUGACAAAAGGCUUUAGCCUUUAGCUAAAUUGGAUCCACCUUAACAGCUGGAUUAAGUCAAACAGGCUUUAUAAUUCUACCUCCCAGGUUUUUUAUUAUAGUACUCUGCAUGAUAAACAUCCAAGAACAUAUGCUGUAUUUGACCCCGAAUGCUCUUUUCACAGAGCAGCUAAGUAGUGGGAACCACAAGUACUUGUUUCCUUUACCUCAUCAAUAAGGACUCGUUGUUCAGCCUCUGUUCAUUACUUCUAGUGACACUUUAUUGAGAGAUAGCCCCUUUUAUUGCAGGACAGCAUUAUUAAUUCUGACAUAUACUGAGCUAGAUUUUACUUGCCUAUAACUUCCAUGGAUUUGUAGUCCUAACGAUAUACAUUAUGGUUUUAUCUUGGCUUAUAAUUCAUUUUCUCCUUAUAUGCCCAAAUUAUCAGUCUUUAUAAAUGGCUCAUCUGUCUCCAUUGGGUGUAAUAUUUUCUUUCAAUUCAACAAAAUUGUAUGCAGAUAGAUAUUUCAAAAUUUCAUACCCACAUUGAUAAUUCAAGGUGAAAAUAAAGAGCUUACUUAGCUUUUGGUUAGGACAAUUGUUAGAAAAAUGGAAAACAACAAGAAAAUAUUUUUUAAGA